UUACACUUGGCACAAUGCAGUCAGGCAAGUACCGUUCUCCUGGCAACUGCCAAACCCAGACACAUCCAUCAGAUUGCCAGACAGAGAAGCGUGAUUGGUCACUCCAAAGAACACGUCUCCACUGCUCUAGAGUCCAGUGGCGUCUGGCUGAGUUGCUGUUGUUCCCAGUUGCUUCCACUGUUGUAAUACCACUAACAGUUGACCGUGGAAUAUUUAAUAGCCGGGAAAUGUUACGGAUGGACUUUUUGCACAGGUGGCAACCUAUCACGGGACCACACUUGAAUUCACUGAGCUCCUGAGUGUGACCCAUUCUUUCACAAAUGUUUUUAGAAGCAGUCUGCAUGCCUAGGUGCUUGAAUUUAUACACCUGUGGCCAAGGAGGUGAUUGGAACAUCUGAAUCCAAUGAUUUGGAGGGGUUCCAAUACUUUUGGCAAUAUAGUGUAUGUA